AUGAGGAAUCCGGGCCUACGUUUAGUCGGGCUCACGACGUCACCAGGUGGUGGCGGCGUAUUUGGCACACGGGCCGAGGAGGAGUUGCGACAUUGGCUUGAAUCACGCUUGGAUGCAUUGGGUAUAGACCCGGUUGCGUACUCGCGUUUUGUACUUAGCCUUUUACGUCGCCCCCCCGACUCGGCCCUGAGUCCUCUCGACGAAGACAUUGACUUUGCCGUGGUUAAUCGUCCUGCCGGUGGCGGAGGUGCUGGUGCUGGAGGACGUCGACAUCAUCAUCGUGUCAGACCUAGAGCCCGGAUAUCUGGUGAUCGUGAUCAGCGACGUGCUGUUGUUCAAUGUCUCACCAAUGCUGCUGAUCAGAAAUGUGGAGUUGAACCAUUGGUUGAUGAAUUGUGUGCUAAAUUGCGGAAUCUCGAAGGUAGCAGUGGGUCUACAAAUGAUACUAGUGACACUGAAACGGAAGAAAGUAAAAGAAAAAAUCUAGAAAGUGUCAACAAUAGUAAAUUUGAGACCUUAACACCUCGAGAUAAAGCGUUGAGAUAUUACGCAGCUUUUCCAGCCUUACAGCCUGCCACCCCAAAGAAAAAUAAUAAUUAUAAUCAUAAUAAUAAUAUUAUUAAUAAUAAUAAUAACAAUAAUAAUAAUUAUAAUAAUAACAAUUAUAAUAUUAAUAAAAAUAAUAACAAUCUCAAGAAGGAUAAAACCUACAGUGCCACCAUUAAUAAUUUGAAUAAAAAAAAUUACAAUAACAAAAAUAAAAAGAACGAUAAGAAGAGGAAAACUAAAAUGUCCAUUAGAACAAUUGAUCAUAAAAAAGAUAAAGGAACUUUUGGCUUUGCAAAAUCAAUGGAACGAGAGCGAGACAACGACCGAGAAUCAGAGAUGGACAAAAUAAAAUUGCAAGAACUGCAAGCUAAAUUUGAUCACAGUCUUGAGGCACUUUGGGACAGCGGGCCAGGUAAUGCUGGCGACAAGGCAUCAAUUUGGGCAGCUCCGUCAUUGUCGAUACCCUCAGGCCCACUUUGGCCUGUUGAUCCGACAGAAUUGUUGAUAUUGCCUAUUAUUCAUGAUGAUGAUGACAAUGAUGAAGAUGAGGAUGAUGAUGAUGUUAUUAAUGAUGAGGACAGCAGCAUUAAUUGCAAGAAGAUUAUUAACAGUUGUAACAACACACCCUAUUUUUACAACAAUCACUAUCAUGUUAGCGACGAUGGAACUAUUGCUGACAAUGAAACUUUUACCGCGGAUAGCCUAAAGGGAGAGUCUCUGGCUACCAACACAGAGUUCUGGGUUCGAUUCCCAGAUUAUAAUUUAAACUGGUCAGAUUAUGGCGGCGAUGGACCAUGGAAUUGGAAAGACCUUGGCAAUAAUUUAAUAACAAUUGAUAAUCCUAAAAUAAACUCAUUCUACUCAUCACCUCACGAUGAUAUUAAUUUGGUAAUAAAACAACAACGUCAACAAAAAGAGCAGGAGCAAUAUUUAUCAGCGAAUAAUGAUUACAAAGAAAAAUUAAACAAUUUAAAAAAUGAAAUUGACGGAAACAAAAUUAUAAACAAUGAUGGUGGAAAUUUCGUAGAAUUAAAAUUAAAAAAUGAGCAAGAACAAAAGCAAGAAGUUGAAGCUAAAGUAGUAGAAGUUAUUGAAGACAAAGAACAAGUAAAAAUUGAAGUGAAGAAUAAAGCAAGUGAAAAUGUUAAGGUCGAGCAAUCUGAAGUUGAGGAAGAAGAAGAUUUGUUGACAUCAGCCCGUACACACUUUCGUCCAAUAAAAGACGACGGGAAUUGGGUUGAUGGUACAACAUUUCCUGUCAACAAUAAUUAUGAAUCGGUUAAUUAUCGUCGAUCAUCCUGUGGAAAUUUAUUGUAUCUACCGAAUGAUGAUAAUCCUUACAUGGAGUAUCAUGAAACAAUCAUAGCACCAUUAUCAUCUUCAUCAGCAUCAAACACAUCUACUGCUGCUGGAGACGGAACACCAGUUAGAAAUUUCACAUUGAAGUUUCGGGUCAAACAGUGUGAUAAGUCAAUCCAAACAGAUCCGAUACGUUCGCCGGUCAAACGACGGAUUAUCGCUGAGCCAGAUCGCCAUUUUUACUAUACCAAGUUGAUAAAUAAUCUUGGAGAUGAUGAUAAUGGUGAUUCUCAUGCUGACGACGACGAUGAUGAUGAUGAUGAUGAUGAUGAUGAUGAUAAUGUUAAUAUUUUAACACAAGAAUCUUACGACAUUAAUAAAGAUUCUUUCAUGUUAGAUCACAUGCAUUGGAAACAACCAAGUUUGUCACUACUUAAUGAUAGAAAACGGUUAGUAUUGUUUUUAUGA